CCAGAUGGUUCCCUGUCCCAGGCUGCCAUGAUGCAAAGUGCUUUGGCUAAAGAGAGGCGAGAACUGAAACAAGCGCAGAGAGAAGCAGAGAUGGAUUCCAUCCCCAUGGGGCUCAACACGCACUGGGUGGAUCCUCUCCCUGAUGUGGAUGGAAGACAAAUAGCUGCAAACAUGCGAGGUAUUGGGAUGAUGCCAAAUGAUAUCCCAGAGUGGAAGAAGCACGCGUUUGGUGGCAACAAAGCUUCGUAUGGUAAGAAGACCCAGCUUUCCAUCAUUGAGCAGAGAGAGAGUCUGCCAAUCUUCAGGCUGAAGGAGCAGCUGAUCCAAGCUGUGCAUGACAACCAGAUUCUGAUUGUUAUUGGAGAGACGGGAUCUGGGAAAACAACCCAGAUUACCCAGUACCUGGCUGAGGCAGGAUAUACGUCCAGAGGAAAGAUUGGAUGUACUCAGCCUCGCAGAGUGGCUGCAAUGUCUGUUGCAAAGAGGGUGUCAGAGGAAUUUGGCUGCUGCUUGGGCCAAGAGGUUGGUUACACCAUCCGUUUUGAAGACUGCACCAGCCCUGAGACUGUCAUCAAAUACAUGACAGAUGGCAUGUUACUGAGGGAGUGCCUGAUAGACCCAGAUCUCAGCCAGUAUGCCAUCAUCAUGCUGGAUGAGGCCCACGAGAGGACCAUCCACACAGAUGUGCUCUUUGGGCUCCUGAAGAAGACGGUGCAGAAACGGCAGGACAUGAAGCUGAUCGUGACAUCGGCCACUCUGGAUGCUGUGAAAUUCUCUCAGUAUUUCUACGAAGCACCAAUCUUCACCAUUCCUGGCAGGACAUACCCAGUAGAAAUUCUGUACACCAAAGAGCCAGAGACAGAUUAUUUGGAUGCCAGUCUGAUUACAGUCAUGCAGAUCCAUUUAACAGAGCCACCAGGUGACAUUUUGGUCUUUCUAACUGGCCAGGAAGAGAUUGACACUGCCUGUGAAAUCCUCUAUGAGAGGAUGAAAUCUCUAGGACCCGAUGUUCCGGAGUUAAUUAUCCUCCCAGUGUAUUCAGCUUUGCCCAGUGAAAUGCAGACCGGGAUCUUUGACCCGGCCCCACCAGGGAGCAGAAAGGUUGUCAUUGCCACCAACAUUGCAGAGACAUCUCUGACUAUUGAUGGAAUCUAUUAUGUGGUGGAUCCUGGCUUUGUGAAGCAGAAAGUUUAUAACUCCAAGACUGGAAUCGACCAGCUGGUGGUGACACCCAUUUCCCAGGCUCAAGCCAAGCAGCGUGCAGGCAGGGCUGGCAGGACAGGCCCAGGAAAAUGCUACAGGUUGUACACAGAACGUGCCUACAGAGAUGAGAUGCUGACCACCAACGUGCCUGAAAUCCAGAGAACCAAUCUGGCCAGCACAGUGCUCUCCCUGAAGGCUAUGGGCAUCAAUGAUUUGCUGUCCUUUGACUUCAUGGAUGCUCCCCCCAUGGAAACUCUGAUUACUGCCAUGGAGCAGCUCUACACCCUGGGAGCUCUGGAUGAUGAGGGGCUGCUCACUCGACUUGGGCGUAGGAUGGCAGAAUUCCCCCUGGAGCCGAUGCUGUGUAAGAUGUUGAUCAUGUCCGUGCACCUGGGAUGCAGCGAGGAGAUGCUGACAAUUGUCUCCAUGCUGUCUGUGCAGAAUGUGUUCUACAGGCCAAAGGAUAAACAAGCACUUGCUGACCAAAAGAAAGCCAAGUUCCAUCAAACAGAAGGUGACCACCUGACGCUGCUGGCGGUGUACAAUUCCUGGAAGAACAACAAGUUUUCGAACCCCUGGUGCUAUGAGAAUUUCAUCCAGGCCCGGUCCUUACGCCGGGCUCAGGACAUUCGCAAGCAGAUGUUGGGCAUCAUGGACAGGCAUAAGCUGGAUGUGGUGUCCUGUGGGAAGGCCACAGUUCGGGUCCAGAAGGCCAUUUGCAGUGGCUUCUUCAGAAAUGCAGCCAAGAAGGAUCCCCAGGAAGGCUACAGGACGCUCAUUGACCAGCAGGUUGUCUACAUCCACCCCUCCAGUGCUCUCUUCAACAGGCAGCCUGAAUGGGUGGUGUAUCACGAGCUGGUGCUGACCACCAAGGAGUACAUGCGGGAGGUGACGACCAUCGAUCCUCGCUGGCUGGUGGAGUUUGCCCCAGCUUUCUUCAAGGUCUCUGACCCCACCAAGCUGAGCAAGCAGAAGAAGCAGCAGAGGCUGGAGCCCCUCUACAACCGCUACGAGGAGCCCAACGCCUGGAGGAUCUCCCGCGCCUUCCGCCGGCGCUGAGCUCGGCGCCCGCUGCGUCUGCUGCUGCCGUGCCCGCGGCACCGGGGCCGGGCGCUGCUGCCGGCGGCCCGGGGGACACGCGGUGCCCUGCAGCUCACCCGUGCAGCGCCAGCUCGGGCAGCACGGCAGCUCCAGGGGCGGCCCAGAUGUGCUGCAGCUGCACGGGCCGCCGCGGCCUCUCGCCAGUGGGCCUUGGAGCACUCGAGGGGUUCCCCUUCCAGGAGACAAAAUCUGAGCCUCGGGAGUCUGGGGGCUGAGCUGAG